AUGUCCGCGACCGUUCCUCUUCUUCCUCCCGGUCAACCUCAAUCAAAAGCAGCGCCUACAGCCCAGUUAGUAACCUCGCAAGCAGCGGUCAACAAUGAGGCAGACGCUGCUAAGCCUGUGCAGAGUGAUAAUGCGCGUGCAAAGAUGAGUCGGAUGGGCCGCGACACAAGCUCGACGGAUCCCACUUCCAGACAGACAACAUUAGCACUGAUACAGCGAGUUCUCGUACCAAACAAAUCCGGGCUGACCGAUACCACGAUUAAUGUGACAGCAAUAGAGGAUAUCCUCCCUCCGUUGACAAGCUCAAACGAUGUGGACCUGGAGCUCUACGCGAUCCUAGCCAUUAUUGUCAAAGACUUCGUCAAUACCUGGUAUACCAAAAUCACUCCAGACCAUGAUUUCGUGGAGGAGAUCAUCCAGAUAUUCGCUCACUGCAGCAGAGCCCUCGAGCAACGACUCCGCCAGAUUGAUAGAACGACGUUGUUUAUGGAUGAGGUACCUUUGUUGAUACAACAUCACCUAGAUGCAUAUCGAACCGCUAAGUCGACUACCCUAGCCUCUCCUCAUACCGGGUCACUUCGACAGAUCUACCACGAAUUGAUGCCACACCCGGCUCUUACGCCUGUUCCUCUCGACGACCGAGCCGGGACGACCGAACUUCUACAGCAGAGCUACGAAAGAGCCUAUCGUCAACUGCUCGUACAAGGAAGCCUUGGGAUUCUCCUUCCUACUGAAGACCUUCAAAACGGUCCCCUACGUGUGCUUGUCGGCGAUAUCGUUGCCGAUCUAAUCAUUGGCCAAGCACUUGCGGGCAAAAUUGCUCAAGCCUGGUUUCUGCACGAUGCCGUUCGGAAGGCCACAGCACUUGUAAGUGGGAAAAUUCAACCGAAGGUCAGUGGCAGCGAAUAUCGCGAUGAUGCAGCGAACCGUCUUCAACAGUUUGGCCUAUUAUCUUCUAAUUCCGCACCUGACCAUCGCCAUUCGUCAACCAAUACCCAAUCACAGAUGGUCACCUGGUUUUGGAGGAUCAUGCAGUAUGGAUACAUGGUCUACCUCUUCUCUAUAUUUGUCCUAAAGGAGGCGCACACGGUCCGAUCGAAACCAGCGCGAGUCUAUCGUUCUCGGGUGGAGGCGUCGAAGGUUCAUCUGCACGUCCCGAACCCAGACGAUCAAUCAGUCCAGCCUGUGAUUGCAUUUGGUGUUUACGCCAUGAUCUCCACAUUGCUGAGAAUGGCUGACCGCAUACCGUGGACAACGGGCAUACUGGAGUUUUGUCAACACAUCCUGCUGCGAGGUAUUGGCCACGUGGGACGUGCGAAUUCCUAUCUUGACAGGUGA